AUGUUAGAGUCAAACCAACUCGAUCCAUAUCAGUAUCCACCUUUACCUCUGCCUUCCUCAGAAGUGGAUCUGCCUUCCGCCGAUGGUGGCACCUCUCAUCAACAUGCGGAUUUUUCAUUCAAUCAUAACUUCUUAUCCACUAAUUCGCCAGAAAACCCCUUCGCACAGGAGGCUCAUGGCAUGACAUCGUGGACACAUUCCGAUACUUUCCAGAACGGUCUCGAUGCAUCUAUGGCCAUCGAUUCUAAAAAUGCUGAAAACAAUCCAUUGAAUGAAUACGUUGUUAACAACUGCUCCUCCUAUCAAACGUAUCCAUCAACGAUGGAAUAUCCCCAGCCAACUUUCCCUUCGCAGCUUCUCUCACAUGCAUCUUCCUCAUCAUCUUUGGAUUCGUUUUCCUCGUCUCAAUAUACCGAUAUCGACCCGAAUCGUUUGCUGGUCCAAACCAUUCCUACCGGAGAAUACAGACUUUGCGAUUCAUCGUUCUCGUCCUCACUGUCUCUUCCUCUAGUCGACAACAAGUUUGACAUUCAUCCCUUGGAAACGUCCGUUCACCCCCGCUUCCAACAACAGAGUCAACAGUGUAACCAGCAUCCAGUCUCCCGGGGAGUACCGACUGGUGAUGUACUCAAUAAACCCGAGCGACGUCAGCAUCAGCCUAGGCUGACUCUUGAUACUCAGAAUCUAGGUACAGGUAAAAUCACCAGAAGUAGAAGUGGUAGUAAAAGUAUUCCUUACAACAGGUUGAGAGCAGAUAGCGUCUCUGUCAAAUCUGAGGUAGACGAGGAACUGGUUUCGUUGCUUAGUGCUUCGACCAACUAUGGCUCUAUUAGACCAUGGUCUGCAGUAACCACAAACGUGAUACCUGAUGACGUACAUAAGACCAUUGUUCAUCGUCGAAGAAUAAGCUCGAACAUCAAUUUUGGUCACGAUGCCGUCAAUGCAUCCCCACCCCGACCUGUACCUUCUCAAAAACGCAGGAGUGGAUCAUUGAUCCACUCAAACCAGCUGUCCCAAUCUGGCUUACAAAUGCAUCAUCUAAGCUUGGUACUCUCCGGUACAGCCGCUGAGCGGCAGGAGACGGUAACACAAGAUCUGAUGGACAAAGCAGAUGAGUUUAAACGUGUCGAUAACCAAUGUCGACAAGAUAAAGCUAGAAUUCUAUGGGUCAGAAGGUGGUUGCUUCUUAGCUAUACCUCUGCUCUUGGGCGUACGGUUUCUCGCCAAGGACUCUACCAUUCGUAUAUCCUCUCGUGCGAAGACUAUGGCAUAAAGCCUAUUAAUUCUGCCUCGUUUGGAAAAGCUGUUAGAGCCGCUUAUCCUGGGAUCCUCACGAGGAGACUAGGAGGCAGGGGUAAUAGCAAAUAUCACUAUAUGGAUAUCCAACCAGCUGUACAGAUUGAAGCUGAACGAUUGAACGCAUACGGAGAUUCAAGCGGAGCAUGGCAAGUAGUAUCAGAAGAUGGAUCAAUGGACUUCCAAGCAUUUGGCCAAGCGCUUGAUGAGAACAUGGACACCGGCGACGUCGAUGACAGUGAAGAAGAUGAGGACUCCUUCACCAGCUGGCGAGUGCACAUCUUUGCUUUUCCUGCUAUGGAGAACGUAUGGCUGAGUCCUAAUUCCAAUCAUUCCUAA